UAUAAUGCGGAUUAUUUUAUUUUUAUAUAAUUUAUAUUCUACAUACUAGUACUGAUAAAGAAUCCUUAUAAGCAUUACAGUUUCAGACAUGGACCAAAUCCAGUGUCGAAACGUCAAGUCAAUAUUGCUUUAGCUUUCUCCACUUUCUUCCCUUUUUCUUGCACGGCUUAGGGAAUCGUUGCUUUAAUAAUGUUUCCUCACUGUAAUAAUGUAUAGCAGGACAUCUUUAAAAAUCUAAAGCAAAAAAAAAUCCUCCAUUUCCCAAUUCUACAGCUUUUGCAGAGCAUCGAACAGUUUGAUUAGAAAAAGUGAUUGCAUCUUCUUCCUUCAGUUUUUUUCGAAAUGUGUGAGCUUGUAGGCUUUAUUAAAGAAUCCAUUUUCAGUUCCAUCUUCACCUGUGCUCAUUCUUGUUUUUUCCUUUGGUCAUAAUGAAGAAGGCCAAUUCUUUCGCCACUAUCCAAGUAACGUUGCUCUUCCUGUUAGCAUUUACCAGAGCAUAUAAUGUGAAGAAUGUAAGGAAGCCCUACAUAGUUCACAUGAUGAAGUCUAUGAAGCCCCAACGUUUUCGUUUGCCUGAGUUGUGGUAUGCUUCAAUUGUCAACCAGGUCACCAAUGCUGCCUCCACGUCAGAUCGGAGUAUCUUGUUAUAUACAUAUGAUGUAGUCCUUCAUGGUUUUGCGGCCAAGCUGACCAGUGCGGAGGCUGCAGCUUUGGAGAGAAUGAAUGGCUGUCUGGCUGUAAUUCCAUCAGCUCUGAGUAAACUCCAUACUACACAUUCACCUCAAUUUCUCGGCCUCACCGAUGGCAAAGGUAUGUGGUCGCAGCAUUUGAAUCGUGGAGAUGAUGUGAUAGUGGGUGUGUUGGACACGGGAAUAUGGCCUGAGAGCGAAAGCUUUCAUGACGAGGGGCUGGGGCCUGUUCCCUCCAGAUGGAAAGGCGAAUGUGAAAGCGGAGAACAAUUUGAUUCCUCCUUGUGCAAUAGAAAACUCAUCGGAGCUCGAUUUAAUUUCUCUGCGGGCUACAAAUCACACGUGGGUGAGGAUUUCAUAUCCCCAAGAGACAACCAUGGCCACGGCACACAUACUUCUUCUACUGCAGCGGGAUCUGCUGUAAGGGGAGUGAGCUACAAAGGCUUUGGCAACGGAACAGCUAUGGGGAUGGCCCCUGCGGCCAGACUGGCCGUGUAUAAGGUCUGCUGGGGACGGAAAGGCAACUGUGAUGCGAGCGACAUAGCUGCUGCAAUGGAGAAAGCCGUCCAAGAUGGUGUUGAUAUUAUUUCUAUUUCAAUUGGCGACGAGUCUGAGCUUCCAUUUUACAUGGAUCACCAAGCGCUAGCAGCAUUCGGUGCCAUAGAGAAGGGUGUAUUUGUUUCCGCCUCUGCUGGUAACUCCGGGCCUUACUCACUUUCUCUUACAAACACUGCACCGUGGUUAAUCACUGUGGGGGCGAGCAAUAUAGACAGAGAGUUUUUAUCUCCUCUGAAGCUCGGCAAUGGCGAGCUGUUCAAAGGCUCGUCCUUUUACAGAGGACCCGGGAUUAAAAAUCUGCCUCUGAUCUACGAUUAUUGCAGUGACAGCGGUCUCGAUCCACACAUUUUCAAAGGUAAAGUUGUACUGUGCACUUCGCAAAGCAAUUCUACGGAAAUAGCAAGGCUUGUGAAGGAUGCCGGCGCAGUAGGAUUGAUAGUUGUCAACGAUGCCGCAUUCCCUAUCGAUCAACCAUAUCUGCCGGCUACCAGCGUGAGUUCUAUGAAAGGAGAAAAGAUAAAAGCCUACGUCAACAGCACCGCGGUGCCCACGGCCACGAUCAAUCCCACGGGGUUGACAGUGGUGGGAAAAGCAACGGCCCCAAUCGUGGCCCUGUUUUCUUCCAGAGGUCCAAGCCAGAACUACCCAGACGUUCUUAAGCCCGAUAUAAUCGCCCCGGGUGUUAACAUCUUAGCAGCUGUCACAGAAGGCGGCUUCAAAAUAAAGUCCGGGACCUCAAUGGCGUGUCCCCACGUCAGCGGCACGGCAGCACUCAUCCGAGCUGCGCAUCCUACGUGGAGUCCCGCGGCAAUCAAAUCGGCUCUCAUGACGACGGCCUCGACUCUGGACAACAGAAAGCAGCCCAUCAAAGAUGCGCUAACCUUGCGAGCCGCGGACCCAUUUGCAAUGGGUGCAGGUCACUUAAAUCCAAGGGCUGCCUUGGAGCCGGGGCUGGUGUAUGAUUUGGGCCCUCAAGACUACAUCAACUAUCUGUGUGGUCAAAACAUCUACACCGAAAAGCAAAUAGCCCUCCUCACACACAAGUGGCCCCCUUGCCCCAAAUCAGAAUCGGGUGCAGAUCUUAACUACCCAUCUUUCUCAAUUUUGUUGAAGUAUGGAGAGCGUGUUCAGGUGAGAAGAACGGUUACCAACGUGGGCGGCGACAAUGCCGUGUACAAAGUGUGGGUGAAGAGCAGUCCAAGCGUAAAGGUAAGCGUGGAACCAAAUAUAUUGGUGUUCAAGAAACAGAAUGACCAGACAAAUUUUAAUGUGACAUUCGUAGGCAAAGUGGAGGGGAGUGAGGAGGUGGAGUACGGAGAGAUAUGGUGGAAAUGCAUCCAAGGUGGAACGCACAUCGUUCGUAGCCCAAUUGUCGUUCUAUGGACUACGCUUUGAACUGGAGCAGCUCUCGAUAUAGCUGAUAUAUACUAUGCGGCUUUUAUCAUUUGGAAAAGGGUCGUUUAGACCGUAUUGUGAUCCAGCGCUGUCGAUGCACAUUUGAUGGCAUUUAUAAUUAAUUGAAACUAGACGUUUGUCUUUUUAUUCAAUCAAUGUAAAGAAAAUAUUAUAUAAUAGAGGACGGCAGUUCACAGAUUGUCCACAAGAAAAA